GCGAGAGGCCGAGCUUGCUGCAUUGCAGCCGCCGCGGCGCCGCUCGGCUCCUCACUCCCAACAAUGGCGGCUCCGAGCCCGAGCGGCGGCGGCGGCUCCGGGGGCGGCAGCGGCAGCGGCACCCCGGGCCCCGUGGGGUCCCCGGCGCCCGGCCACCCGGCCGUCAGCAGCAUGCAGGGCUUUCAGAUAAACUUCUGUGAAAAGGCACAAAGUAAACGCAAAGCACUGAAGUUGAAUUUUGCAAAUCCACCUUUCAAAUCUACAGCAAGGUUUACUCUGAAUCCCAAUCCUGCAGGAGUUCAAAACCCACACAUAGAGAGACUGAGAACACACAGCAUUGAAUCGUCAGGAAAACUGAAGAUCUCCCCUGAGCAGCACUGGGAUUUCACUGCAGAGGACUUGAAAGACCUUGGAGAAAUUGGACGAGGAGCUUAUGGUUCUGUCAACAAAAUGGUCCACAAACCAAGUGGGCAAAUAAUGGCGGUUAAAAGAAUUCGGUCAACAGUGGAUGAAAAAGAGCAAAAACAACUUCUCAUGGAUUUGGAUGUAGUGAUGCGAAGUAGUGAUUGCCCGUACAUUGUUCAGUUUUAUGGUGCACUCUUCAGAGAGGGUGACUGUUGGAUCUGUAUGGAACUCAUGUCUACCUCGUUUGAUAAGUUUUACAAAUAUGUAUAUAGUGUAUUAGAUGAUGUUAUUCCAGAAGAAAUUUUAGGCAAAAUCACUUUAGCAACUGUGAAAGCACUAAACCACUUAAAAGAAAACUUGAAAAUCAUUCACAGAGAUAUCAAACCUUCCAAUAUUCUUCUGGAUAGAAGUGGAAAUAUUAAACUCUGCGACUUUGGCAUCAGUGGACAGCUUGUGGACUCCAUUGCCAAGACAAGAGAUGCUGGAUGCAGGCCAUACAUGGCACCUGAAAGAAUAGACCCAAGUGCGUCACGACAAGGAUAUGACGUCCGCUCUGAUGUCUGGAGUUUGGGGAUCACAUUGUACGAAUUGGCCACAGGCCGAUUUCCUUAUCCAAAGUGGAAUAGUGUGUUUGAUCAACUAACACAAGUUGUGAAAGGAGACCCACCACAGUUGAGUAAUUCUGAGGAAAGGGAAUUUUCCCCAAGUUUCAUCAACUUUGUCAACUUGUGCCUUACCAAGGAUGAAUCCAAAAGGCCAAAGUAUAAAGAACUUCUGAAACAUCCCUUUAUUUUGAUGUAUGAAGAGCGCGCUGUCGAGGUCGCAUGCUAUGUUUGUAAAAUCCUGGAUCAAAUGCCAGCUACUCCCAGCUCUCCCAUGUAUGUCGACUGACAUCGCUGCUACGUCAGACUCUAGGCAAAAGGGCUGAGAGGAAGCAAGACGUAAAGAAUCUUCAUCCCGUACCACAGUGUUUUUAUUGCUCGCCCAGACACCAUGUGCAAUAAGAUUGGUGUUCGUUUCCAUCAUGUCUGUAUACUCUCGUCACCUAGAACGUGCAUCCCUGUAAUACCUGAGCGAUCACGCAGUGUUAGUGCCGGUCAGAGAGACCUCAUCCUGCUCUUUCGUGAUGGACGUAUUCAUGAAAUGUGGAAGUUAGUAUGAUCAAUUUGUUGACCGUGAUUAGAUCACAUCUUAAAUUCAUUUCUAGACUCGAAACCUGGAGACGCAGCUACUGGAAUAGUGUUCUGUCAGACUUCCAAAUACUGGAAGGAUGCGGUGAUGGGUGCGCUGUGUCUGAACACAGACUUGGGCUGGAGUGAGAAGAGCGGGCACAGCCAACGAGACGCAUUGCCUUCUGGAGCUGGGAGACGGAGGAGGGAUUUACUGUCUUCACCAAGUGCAAUAGAUUUACUGAUGUGACAUUCUGUUGCUUUACAGCCACUGUCGAUGUCUGGGGAUGGAUGUACUUAGCCAAAUUCCUUCCCUGUUAGAGAUAUCAUGUUAAAUCAGAGGGAAUUUAUCUUUACCAAAAACCACGUUGCGUUCAGAGAGGUGAACAUUAGAAGAUUGAGACAGGACAGAACGUGUUUUUUCCUCCUUCCCCAGCCCUCUGCUCUUCACUGGGGAGACUCAGGAGUCUGCCACUUGUCAGAGAAGGUGCUGAUCCUAAGAAUUUCAUUCUCAGAAUUCGGUGUGCUGCCAACUGGAUGUUCCACCUGCCACAGACCACCUGGACUGGAAGAAGAAAAAAGUACGGAGGGCAAAGUUUACAGCUGUUUUUAAUCCUAGAAUCUUAUGGAACAACUUGCAGCAGCUGUAUAUUUCCCCUUGGUCCCAAGCCUGAUACUUCAGCCAUCAUAACUCACUAACAGGGAGAAGUAGCUGGUAGCAAUGUGCCUUGAUUGAUUAGAUAAAGAUUUCUUCUAGGCAGCAAAAGACCAAAUCUCAGUUGUUCGACAUCACUGGCCCAGGUCUUCAGCUUCUGCAUCUCUUUACCCACCUGUGUGGUCUAUUGCCACUAUGUGACUUUUGCUUAAUCCAAUAUUUCGCCUUUUUCUCCUGUAUCAGAAACAUUUAUAAUUACCAAGGAUGUUCCUUACCAAGGAUUUUUAGCCCCCAGUCUCUCACAUGCUCUACUGUUCAAAAGGCUGAGAAGCGUGGGGCCUAGCUGAUGUGGUAGGUAAUGAAGGAGCAUCUUUUCUAGAGAAAACCGCUUGACCAGAGGAGGAUGGGAAACGGCAGUCUCUUAGGUGAGAUCAUCACCUGCGAGAAUCUCUAGCAGGUCACCACCAUUUCUUGGAAUUGGGAGUCUACAAAAACACAAAAACCAAAAAACCCCCGAAGAACCCCAGAAUAGUUCUAAGAGGCCAUUUAAACCUGCCAUCUUCUGCUGUCCUUCCUCCCUUACCCAUGGGCCGGGUCUCCGUGGUUUCACUCUGGCCUCCCUGGCCCCGAGCGUUUGUGUGACAGUCGGUCAGGCAGCACUGUGAGUGGCUCACGCACACUGGAGUAGAAAGCUGCCAUGGUCUGAGACGCAGAUGGGGCUGCGACGGAACCAAACAGUGGUAGGUGUUGCUGUGUCUCCUCCCAGGUGACGGUCACAAACACUUCUCAACAAUAAAGGGAGAAUGGUGCUGUUUACAGUUACAUCCCUGUAAAUUUCAGAAUUCACCCGUGGUUUAUCGCUUUGGUCCACUUGCCUGGUUUUCCUGUUUUCUCCCCCAUGGCACCUGAAGCCCAGGCUUCCCAGUGCUCUACAGGAGGCCCUGCAGUGUCUGCCUCUGACCACACCAAGCCAUCAUCCUCCACCGUUCCCGGGGACUCCAGAGGAAUCUGCAUCUCUGCUGUCAGCCUCCUGUGUGGCUCAGCAUAGGGUCACUUUGCCAUAUACCAAUGGAGAUAGAAGCAAUUCUGACUGUCCAGGAGCUAAUCUGACCGUUCUGUUGUGUGGAUGACCACAUAAAAAGGCAAUUUUAGUGUAUUAAUCAUAGAUUAUUAUAAACUAUAAACUUAAGGGCAAGGAGUUUAUUACAAUGUAUCUUUAUUAAAACAAAAGGGUGUAUAGUGUUCACAAACUGUGAAAAUAGUAUAAGAACUGUACAUUGUGAGCUCUGGUUAUUUUUCUCUUGUACCAUAGAAAAAUGUAUAAAAAUUAUCAAAAAGCUAAUGUGCAGGGAUAUUGCCUUAUUUGUCUGUAAAAAUGGAGCUCAGUAACAUAACUGCUUCUUGGAGCUUGGAAUAUUUUAUCCUGUAUUCUUGUUUGAAUUCUUCCUCUAUUUAAGAUAUAUACAUGGAAUCGAAGUGUUUAUGUAAUAGUUCUAUCCUUUUGCCUGCAGGUCAGUUGUAAUAAAUCUAGGAUGUGAUGAUGACUUUGUAAUUUGAUUUUCUGAAGUCAGACCCUGAGAGGGUCAGUUCCAUUGGAAUUAUCCAAUUCCAAGUCAAUUCCAUUAAAUUAUCUGUGCAUUUCA